AAAUUUAUCAGAGGCCGAAAGAAACUAUUCCCGCAGUAUCACGUUAUACAGACUGUACAUGUAACAUUGUACGUUUGAUGUAUUCCUUUAUUUCCACUGCUUCAACGCUUUUAUACUCAGUCAACGAUUUCUAAAAUGUCUAAAAACCUUAUUCUUCUGUCGGGUGGUAGCGUAAUACUACAUGCACUUUACAUAUCAACAGUUGUGCAACAUAGUGCUCGUGUCUGUGCUGAGCAAUCCGCUCUGGAUCCAAAUGCUACCGAAAGUCCAACCUGUGGCUGUCCCAUGAAACUGGAACCGGUAUGUGGCACGGACGGCAAAACCUACCGAAAUAACUGUUCGGCUUUGGAAUGUCGAGGAACCAAAAUAGCGUAUUCUGGCGAGUGUACUCAAAGGAGAAUUGGUCCAGCGUGUGCCUGCUCACACCAAUACGAUCCGGUAUGCGGAAGCGAUGGGAAAACCCACAGAAACAUAUGCGAACUACAGUGCGCAGGCGUUCAGUUGGUGACAUCUGAUCACUGCCGUUCGGAAAUCAUCGAUUCAAAGGAUUCGCCAUUGUACACCGGAUGAAUACAAAAUCCAAUUAGUUCAGACACGCAUUGCUUUAUCAGAGCAAAAGUAUAAGCUGAUAUGACGCGCGCCAGUUUUCUUUCGCGUUGCGCUUUCGGGUUUGUUUCUUUUUAAGCUACAGUUUGUAGGUGGCAGGUACGUACAGAGUACUUGUACUGGUGUACCGCUGUUCCAUAUUAUAUUAUUUAAAGGUACAGAUGUGCGUAGACGACGAACCAUCCAGAUUAAUGUGUACAGCUGAUUAAUUCUGCGGACGCUCUCUGGCGGCCUUCGCGCUUGUAUGGACAAGAUGAAAACGACAUUGCG